AUGUUUGAAAGUAAGAGCGAUUUGAUAGUUGAAAACUGUUUGAAACAUUAAGUGCCGGAUAAUUUGGAGGAAUUCAGUUUUCAAAUAGAGGAGUGGAUGUACAAGCAAAAAUCAAACAGAGCCUUAUUUAUUAGUGAGGAGGAUGGAAACGAUAUUUAAUUUUUGAUAUCUCAUUGGAUAAAGAAAAUGAAUAAAGAUUUGAUUAUACCCUAUUUCGUAGAACAUGAAAACUAGAAUUAUCACCAUGCAAUAUAUUAUGUGUUAUCUAGAUUGAAAGCAUAGUUCAAUAUUUCACAGAGGGUGGAAAUAGAAGGUGAGAAAUUAAAGUAGUUCUUUUAAUAUUGGUUAGAAUUCUAUAAUAGGGAAUUGCAAAAUCAAGUCUUUUGUGAAGCCAAAUGUGUGUAUAAGAGAGUACCAAAUUAUUAUAAAAUCAAGCUAAUUCUAAUCUUUUAGGGUAUCGAUCGAUUCAGAGAUUCAAAUGGAGAAGUGAGAGUAUCCUAUUGGUUACCCAAAGUUCUCCCAGAAAACAUCAAGGUGAUAGUCACUGGUAAAACUGAUUCAAAGGCAUUUGAAUAUUACAAGACUUAAGGUGGAUCGAUUAUAAAUAUGUAAAUUUGA